AUGUGGACCCACAACAUUUUCCUAUUGUUUGCCUUCUGUUUUGGUGUGGUUUUAACUGGAAGUGGCGAUGGGACGGAUGGGAAGGCUUCCGACCUCCAAAUCGUUUACGACGAGCUCGCCACCUUGACUCGUAUCACCAACGCCAUCACACUGCAGUCCGCAGCUCUAAAGAAGUCAGUUAAAGUUCGUGACGUCAUCACAGAACUUCUGAAGGUGGACCCACAGAAUUUCACAAAUUUAAUAAAUUAUAUACCGGAAGCUUUAUCAGCAUCAAUCCAAAGAUUGAAGGAUAAAACUGUAGAUUUGGCGAACUUGGUACCAAACGAUUGGAAAAUUCUGGAAUCUGGAAGGGAGUGGUUGAGUACUGUAAAAGAGGGAUAUGAUAGUGCUUCGAGGAUCAGAGAUUUUGAGUUUCAAGAUUUUUUUGACCUACUUUACAAGAAUGAAGAACUAUUUCCAUGUCCGGAUGUUAUUCAAAAUGUGCCGAAAAGUGAUGACCUCGAUUCUCAAAAAUCUCAAAAUUGGCUUGUCCAAAACACUCAACCCAUCUUGAAUUGCUUCAAAAAUCUGAAAAAAGAUUCCACAAAUUUUCGGAAAAUCGAAUCCAAUAUUGAUCAUUUUUUGGCACUAAACACCCUGCUUGAUACCUUCCAAACUCUCGAAAAACUCCAAAUUCAAUCAUCGAAUUUUUCGAAAAUCCUUGAAAAAAUGUUCAAGAUAACUAAGCCGUUAUGGUCCAUUGACAAGAAAAAUGGGAUAUUCUUCCAACAAGCCGUCGAAAGUUUAAAUUCAAUGUUUCCAAUCGCUUCGCAUUCGGAAAUCGUUCUCACUUUGGGAUUUCCUGAAAAAGGGGAUAUGGCAAAAGUGGUGGAUGAUUUGAAGAUUUGGAGACUUGAUGAAAACAAUGAGCUGAGUUGGAAAGAGUUCGAAGACGGAUUCAUAGAGCGCAAGAAUUUAGCAGUUAGAAAGUCUGUCGAAUUGGGGAGAUUGUACAAAUUAGGCGGUGACAAUCCACAAGGCAAAAUGGACACAAUUUCAAAAUUUGCCAAGAACUACAAGGAUCACUGUAGCAAUAUGAAGAAUUUGAAUCCCACCGAAACUAAGGAAUUCCAAGAUUCUGGUCUGAAUUCCAUGGUGGAUUUAGGAAAGAAAUUUGUGGAAGUGGGCAACUUGUUGACGAAAAUUUCAAAAGAAAUUCAGGAAAAUGAGCUGAAUUCCGAUUUGGAAAAACUGAAAAGUUCCAAAAAUGAGCAAUAUCCGACAUUGACAUCUUUCGUUUCAAAUUUUGGAGAACUUUCCAAACUUCGAAAAGAUAUUUCUAAACAUAUUCAAAACAUGGCAAAGAAUUACAACAAAGACGUCAUGGCUACCAACACGACCAACACUUUGAACUCCAUAAAAUCCGUCAGAGAAUGUUUCAAAAAGCUGGAGAAAUCGGAUCCGGGGACUCUCCUAGAUAUCACAUCGUAUCUGAAGACGGUUCACGCAGUUUCGAAUGGAGCUGAAAUCCUAGAGAUUCAAGACGUACUGAAACUGUUUACCGUAAUGCGGGACCACGUUUCGGAGGCUGAGCAAUUUGUGAAAAAUAUUGGACCCAAUUAUUACAAGGAGAAACAUCAACCAAAUAAUCCGAUUCUGAAAUUGGAGAAUCCCCAAGAAAUGAUUUUGAGCCUUGGGAGAGGAAUGAUGGUGUUGAGGGAUAUGACAAGGGCAUGGAAUUUAAGGGACACAAUCCUUGAGGCCACCAAAUUCUCUGGCAACUUCAACACACGAACUAUGCAAUAUGUCAAAGCACCAUCCGUUCAAACCAUCUGGCCAGAGCGUCAGAAGAAAUUCCAAAAACUAGUCAGCGAGUUAAAAGAAUUGAACAAUUUCGCGGGUCCCAUCAAGGAUAAAGGACUUUUAACGAUGCGAAAAAUUCUGGACGACGCGACAAAAGUUCAUGGAUUUCCAGAAGUUUUCAAGUAUCUUGCGGCGUAUUUUUCAGAUAAAGACAAAGAAUUCGAAGUAAUUCAAAAAUUGGCCCAAAUCGAUAUGGAUUUUGCUAGUCAAAAGGGUUAUUUGCAUGCCGCUUCGUUGAGUUUCGACGAGCUUCGAUUGUAUUUUGAUGACAUUUUUGGGAUCAGCGAGAAUCCGCACCAUGAAGUUGAGCACAACUACCUAACAGCUGCACUCAUCUGUUUAGCAGUAUUUUUGGCUAUUCUGAUUACUGUUGUUUUGAUUUUUGCAUUAACAAAGUCUGGAAGAAAACGAAUCAGGAAACUUUAUUUCUAUUAUUUCGCGAAGCCAGAAGAUUUCGAGAAAAGGUGGAGAUAUUCGCUGUUCAUGGAUCGAGUAGAGGGUAAAAAUGCACUUCACGAUGCCGUUCGAGAAAUUAAUCCCACCAAUACGUUGAAACGCCUGAAAAAAGGAGCAUACAUUAAUGUGUUCAAUCGUAUGUUUCAUGGCAACACUCCACUCCACGUGGCAACCAAACGAGGCUACCCAGAUAUCGUUGAAAUCCUGAUCAAAAAUGGGGCGGACCGUACCUACCUAAAUGCACAAAACAAAACACCCGAACAAAUGAUCCCUCAGAAUUGGAGAAUUAGUCAAACGACACAAACAGAAGCCACUGAAAAAUUUGAAGACGUAGAGAGAGUUUAUAAAAAGUAUAGGAACAAGAAAUUCCGUCCGCGAGUGCCUGAAGAAUUCCCGUCGAGCUCAUUCCAUAUUUACAUUGAGGAUACUGUAGAUGAUGCGUUGACUAACGAGUUUAUGAAAAAACAUCCUUCGAAGCUCUUCCAACCAACCACCACUCACUGCAUUGUGAAAACCGAUUCAGACGGAAUUCUUGAAAGUGAUGCUAUCGAAAUGGUAUUCUGGAUUCUCAGCGGUGUGAUCAUCGUUCGUGACACUUGGCUUUCGGAUUGUUUGAAAAACGAGAAGUUGAUCGAAAAAGACUCCGCGUAUCUUGUGGAGAGGGUACGGUACAAGGGCACCAUCUAUGAUACAGUAAUCCAGUGGUCGAAUGCAAUGGCUAAAGGUGCAAUGCCUUAUCUGUAUGGUGUCUAUGUUGCCGUGCUGAUUCCAGAGUAUCCUAGCCAAUAUUGCGAACAUUUCAAGACAAGAAUUAAGCCAAAAAGGUUUUCAGAGACGUCUCCAUUUUUACUGCUUCCUUCACCUUCCGACGACCACAAGCUAAAUCCAAAAGACUACGUGAAAACGGAAGAUUCGGCUCCACCUUCCUGGCAGCAGCAGUUCAUUGCCAAGUUCGGAAAAGUGGUUGAACUUGCGCUUCGUGCGAUCCACGUCUUCCAGCAGCAAGAUGAACAAACGCAGGAGAAAGCUCCGACGACACUACCGGAUUGGCAAGGAGUUUGGAUAGAUGGAAAACGGGAAACUCCAGGAAUAAAUAUUUAUACAUGGUCCGAUGGAUAUACAAAAGGGUACAAAGCAUUUGAAAAGAAGUGGGCGCGUAUUUCUGGAGUAGAUCAUGAGGGUUUGAUACAAGAUUGUUUGGUCGUAUCAACCGUUCCAAGCCAAGAAAUCCUACACGACGUCGACUGUGAAUAUGGAGCCGGAAUUCAACACGGCGUGGUUUGCGGAUAUAAACUUGAAUAA